GCAGAAACACACUGCGCUUUAUUUCUCUGAUUCUUCUCCACAAACAAACUUCACGCGCCGUCUGAUCGAUAACCAAUCAGUUUGAUAUCGAUAAGUGACGUCACGCAGUCUGAGAGGAGUUUUAUUUUGAAGUGUUUCCUGUCUCUUGGGUGAGUUACGGUACCGGCCCGGUGUGGUCCGAGCGGCGGGUAUAAAACAGCUGAUCGAUCACAGCUGAUCACUGAGGACAGAUGGAGCAGCGAGGCUCGGAACCAGGACUGGUUCUGGUCUUCUGCGGGAAAAGGAAGUCCGGGAAAGACUUUGUGACGGACCUGAUCCUGAACCGUUUAGGAGCAGAUGUUUGCUGCAUCCUGCGUCUGUCCGGUCCUCUGAAACACCAAUAUGCUGAGGAACACAGUCUGGACCUGGACCAGCUGCUGGGUCCUGGUCUCUAUAAGGAACAGUAUCGGGCCGAUAUGAUUCGCUGGGGAGAAGACCGACGGCGCCAGGACCCCGGUUUCUUCUGUCGCCUAGCAACCAGAGGAGCACGGCAACCUGUGUGGGUGGUGAGUGAUGCGCGGCGGCUCUCAGACCUGCAGUGGUUCUGGUCGGAGUUUCCUCGACAGACUCGAUGUGUCAGAGUUCAAAGUUCAGAAAACACCAGGAAACAGAGGGGGUGGAGCUUCACCGCAGGUGUGGACGAUGCAGAGUCAGAGUGUGGGUUGGACAGCGGCGUUGACUUUGAUUGGAUCAUCACUAACGAGGCCGACGCCCCCUCGUUAGAGGAGCAGCUGCAGCCAAUCCUGACGCUGGCCCAGGAAGCAGCUUCAUCAGCUGAUAACCACUGAUCAAUAACUGUACUGAUCAAUAACUGUACUGAUCAAUAACUGUACUGAUCAGGUCUAUUGAGCUGGAUCGAUCAGUGAAGUCGGUCUGCAGCUCGUCAGGUCGAUGACAUCAUCACUUACCUUAAAACUAGACUUCAGUUCAGAACAUUUUAAAGUUUAACAUUUUAUAUUUUAGUGUUUAAAUGUUUGCUGCUGCUUAAAACAACUCAUUUAAAAUCAUGAUACUUCAGAACAUUUAGGAUUUUAUUGACUUUGCAAACAUGAUGAAGUUUGAGAACCAAUGAAACAUCAGAAUAUUUAAACUGCGCUUCACAUUAAAGUGUUGAAGCAGUCAUGUGACCACAGAGCUCAUGGAUCAGCUGGUAGUUCAGGUCAUCCGGGUCCAGACCUGACCUCUGACCUCCUGGGGACUGAAGCCCAUGAUGGGUCAGACUCUACACUAACUCACUGAUCAAUAAUCAGUUUGAUCUGCAGCUGAUGAUCUUUGUGUCGUUCUGAUGUUUCGAUGCAUCAGAAACUUUUAGAGUUCAACUCAAAAUAAAAUGAA